AGUAAAAUCCCCGAGCAACUGCACAGUGGAGCAGCCACCCAUCGGAUCGUCCGACCGUCCUCCACUCCGAUCAGCCCCGCCGAGCUAACAGCUCUGCCUCCGCACUAACGGGUUGCUAGUCAAUUACGGACCCGGCGUCCGCUGUCGAGCUUCACCCCACACACACACACACGUACUGGAGAGUAAAUACGUAGAACAGACUCGCGUUGUUGCUUGCUGCCGGACGGCCCUUUUUUCAGUUUGACAAUGGAAGCAAAUCCCAUGUCUAUGUACUAUAGCUGGCAGCUCUAUUUAUCCGCAUGUAGGGAUCAGAAUCUGUACCUGUGGCAUAAAGAGCUCAAGAAGGUACGGGCGAGUACUGGGCCUCCGACUCCCCCACUGACACCUACCAGCCAGCACCAAUUCCAGACUUUCAUUCCAGGCACCCAGGGGGCAGCAGCCCACGCAGCCUUCGCCCUCCACGGCAAUCUCCACUACGCCGGCGGCGUACAGAAAGGCAGUGAACACAUGCCCCUGGUCCCCAUCAACCCAGUCUGGGCGAACCACCCACAUGGGUACCCUUCGCCUUGGCACAUGCUACCGGCCUCACUGCAACAUUCCUUACCCCAGAGUGAGCUGGCGCACCGGGCGUUCAGCACGAUCACGGCCGACUACAAGAAGCUGGACUCGGUCCGCAUGGUGACCUCCGGUGCCCUGCAGCAUCAACGGGCGCCCAAAUUUGACUUUGCACACCUGGCGCUGGCCGCCACACAGCCAUGCAGCGCGGAUGAAAACCUUGCCAAGACUGGGAUGGUGGCCUUACCCCAACAUCCCCACCAUCCAGAGGAGAGACGGAGGGGUAGGGGACCCACGAGAGCCAAGAAGGAAUUCAUCUGUAAGUUUUGCGGUCGACACUUCACCAAGUCGUACAAUCUGCUCAUUCAUGAGCGCACACAUACCGACGAGAGACCGUACUCGUGCGAUAUUUGCCACAAGGCUUUCAGACGGCAGGAUCAUCUCAGAGACCACAGGUACAUCCAUUCCAAGGAGAAGCCCUUCAAGUGCCCAGAGUGCGGUAAGGGGUUCUGCCAAGCGCGCACCCUCGCUGUCCACAAGACCCUCCAUCUUCAGGAGUCGCCCCACAAGUGCUCCACGUGCGGCCGUACCUUCAACCAGCGCAGCAACCUCAAGACGCACCUGCUCACGCACACGGACAUCAAGCCAUACAACUGCGACAGCUGCGGCAAGGUCUUCAGGAGGAACUGCGACCUGAGGAGACACAGUUUGACCCACGGGGAAGGAGGAGAGGGCAUGGUUGUGUCUGGGGAGGAAGGGUCUGGCACGGAAGGGGAGCUGGAGGUCAGCAUCGAAGAGAAUGACGGAAUUGUCAAGGUGAGGGAAGAGAUGCAACAGGUUGUUGUGGAAACAGUACAGUAAGAUUAUAUUGGGUGUUAAGGGGAGAUGAUUCUUGAGGUACUUCAGUUAAUGUAGCAGUUUAGUACUACAUGAAAUUAACAUCCACUCCAAUUUAUCUUGAUAUGGCUUCAAGGUGGACUGCAUUACUAAGUCAAACUAAGUAAUGCCAAACCUGCAAGAAGUGCGGGUUAAGGCUAAAUGUGCCAAGAUGCGAAAUCUGCCUAAAGAUGAAUUAAAUAAUUUUAAAAAUGAGAUCAAAGUUCCUGUGAUUCCUUUGAAUGAAGUACUUAUAAAGUAGAGCCCUUAUACAAUUGAGCCCUUUUCACACGAAGCCAGUUCCCUGGGAAUGAAAACCCCAGGGAAUUCCUGGGGAAGUUGAACCCCUUUCUCCAACCACCCCAUACUUGUGUCACACUUGAUGCCAACAUACUGGGGAAAAUGAUCAACCAGGAGCCUCUUGCAUAUUACCUGUGAGUUUAUCAGAGUUUGUAAGUCAGAGUUUGUAAGUCUAGUGUGAAUGGUCCCAUGUUUUCCUCUGGGAAAUCCCCAGCGAUUUUAUGUAGUAUAAAAGGGGCCAAAGAAUAGCACAUUCCAAUAUGUUAAAGUGUAGAAUGUUUGACAUCUGCCAACAGUUUGGAUACAACUAACACAGAUUUUGUGCAAGACAAAUGAUUGUAAAUAAUAAUCUGUUACUAUGUGUACAGACCAUUUAGUUUGUUAAAGGCAGUGGAUACUAUUGGUAAUUACUCAAAAUAAUUAUUAGCAUAAAACCUUUC